AUGAAAAUCAUCCCCAGAUUUGAUGGUGAAUCUCGGUCUAUUUCUGCGAUUGAGGCCCAUGGGCUAAUGGAACGUAUUCGUGGUGAACGGGACAUGGAAGAAAAUAGCGCUUUUCAAAGUACUUUGAAGUAUUUAAGGAGUAUUCCCGUAUCUGGAACGGCAAUCUGGGCUGAAAGAGCGCGUAAAUUACUAGUUGAAGGUGGUUUAACUGAGUAUGAAGCUAGUAUUGUGAUUAAUUUAGGGCCGGAAAGACAUACAGAUGCUAAAUCUUUGAUUCCUUCUUUAGCGCGUAUAGAUAGUUAUGCUUUAGAUAUGCUUUUUAAUGAAGUAGCUGAAAUACCAAAUUAG